UCUGGCUUGUGUUUUCUGACUUUCCCCAUCCUACCACCCAUGGAGGCUGCUGGGUGCGCGGCGAAAGCGGCCAAGGUCGGGGCAGGAAAUGGGGGCAGCGAAGGGAGUCCUCCUCCUCCUCCCCCUCCCCCUCCUCCUCCGGUUCCUCCGGGGUCCUCAGGGUCUGGGGAUUCGGAGCCCGCCCAUUCCUCGAGCCCCGCGGUGGGCCCGGGCUCCCCAGCUCCUUCGCCCGAGCUUCCAGCUUACAAGCUUCAGGACUUCGAUACGCUGGCUACCGUGGGCACAGGUACCUUUGGGCGAGUUCACCUAGUCAAAGAAAGAACAGCCAAGCAUUAUUUUGCAUUGAAGGUAAUGAGCAUUCCAGAUGUCAUUCGGCUAAAGCAAGAGCAGCACGUACACAAUGAAAAGUCAGUUCUGAAAGAAGUCAGCCAUCCAUUUCUGAUCAGAUUAUACUGGACCUAUCAUGAUGAAAGAUUUUUAUACAUGUUAAUGGAAUAUGUUCCUGGAGGAGAACUUUUCAGCUACUUGAGAAACAUGGGACGGUUCAAUAACAGCACAGGACUAUUUUAUUCUGCAGAGAUUAUCUGUGCAAUAGAAUAUCUGCACUCCAAAGAAAUAGUUUACAGAGAUCUAAAACCUGAAAAUAUAUUGUUAGAUAAAGAAGGCCAUAUCAAGCUCACAGAUUUUGGAUUUGCUAAAAAGCUAGUAGACAGGACAUGGACACUCUGUGGGACACCAGAAUACCUUGCUCCUGAAGUUAUACAAAGUAAAGGUCAUGGAAGAGCAGUAGAUUGGUGGGCUCUUGGGAUUCUGAUCUUUGAGAUGCUCUCUGGGUUUCCUCCAUUUUUUGAUGACAACCCAUUUGGCAUCUAUCAAAAAAUUCUUGCAGGCAAAAUAGAUUUCCCUAGGCAUUUGGAUCUCUAUGUUAAAGACCUUAUUAAGAAACUUCUUGUUGUAGACAGGACAAGACGACUAGGGAACAUGAAGAAUGGAGCAGAUGAUGUGAAAAGGCACCGGUGGUUCAGGUCUGUGGACUGGGACGCUGUACCACAGAGAAAACUGAAGCCUCCUAUAGUGCCGAAGGUAUCCAAUGACGGUGAUACAUCUAAUUUUGAAGCUUAUCCUGAAGAUGACUGGAACAAGACGCCACCUGUGCCUCCGAAAGACUUAGAAAUCUUUAAGAAUUUCUGAGUACAGGGAAACCACAUAUGGAAAGAAACUGGAAGAAGAUUUGGAGUGGUCUGAGCACAUUUGAGAAAAAGAACUGGGCAUCUGCCAAUAUGAAGAAAUUCCUUCACAUGGAUGAGGAAGUUUCCACGUUCAUAUAUGCACAUAUUUAUAUAAAAUGAAUUUGGA